AUGAACAUCAUUCCUGAUUGUAUUUUGACCAACGCUUGCGAAUGGCGCGAAGUACGGCGGGCAAAAUUGGGCGUCCGGUUUGAUGAAGAUGUUGAUAAGAGGAUACGCGUUAGAGUUCUCGAUGAUGAGGCUCGCAUAUGGGAGACCUAUCUUGAUCGCUUAGGAGGUGGACAGACAGGAGGAAGCAGCUCAUCUUCUAGUUCGGCGCCCUCUGAUGAAUCAAUUGUUGCCUCUGCUCCUGCUGGUGUUCCCAGUAUAACGAAAACUACAGUAGACGAAGAGCAACAAGAAGAUGAAGGGAAAGCUGCUUUAUCAGGUGUAAUAUCUACAGAAGGAACUACUGCACCAGCACCUGCUGUCAACGAUAGGGAAGUCAAGCCAGUAUCCGCGGGUGCGGAGCAGUACUACAGUUCAACAGCAACAAACAUCAAUAGGGACGUCAUCAAGCCAGAAGUAUCUGCGGAUGCGGGGUAUCACCACACGCAAAUUUGUGCGGCUAUCUUGGGCAAGAGCGUAGACGCACGUGCCAUAUGGCGCUUUCCUCGAAGCAAUUUCGAAAUGAAACCAUCUCGAGGACCAAACAAGGAUCAACAAGAAAAGCAAGAGGUUGUUGCUGGUGUCAGAGUCUUACUGCAUGGAAAGACAUGGAUUACGAGUGAACCAUGCUUGAUCUUGAAUCCAGUUCCAGAUCCAGUAUCAGUACCAAUUGAGGUAACAGGAGAAGCACAAAAAACAGACGAAGAUGUUGCUCCUUCAUCUUCUGCUAUCAAGGCACCGACGAGUGUUAACAAGAAGCAUGUAGCUUUGUUGGCUUUUCUGUGUGAAGUGGAGAAGACCACUGCGGCAAAGCGGAGACGGUUGGAGGAGGCAAAAGUCAAACUAGAAAGCGCGACGAGUCGCGAAGCGGAUGAGAAGGAGCGCGAAGCACAGAUUGGACAGGCUUUUCUGCAGGAAAAAGAGAAGAUGAUCACGCGAGCCAUCGCAUUGAUAAACGAAGAAAAGGCAAAAAAUCGCAAUCUACGAUGAGAAGUCUGAGUAGAGGGGGGCAUUAUUUGGCAAGUGCAAGUACUCAUCCAAAUCCAAAUGUUUCCACCUUCCCCUAGAAAAAUGGAGAAGAGGCCGGAAGUUGAACUACUUGUUUGGAGGCCCUAAUCCCCACUCUCUACUAGAGAGAUCACUUGUAAACCCAUUAUAUAAAUCGUGAAACGCUGCAACGGCAUUUUACUCGUACAACGUUUAAAAGAACGAAAUGGAGGUUGACACAUUCAAAUGAGAAUUAGGAUCCACCG